AUGACGAAUGCAAAGCAUAGCAAGGGAGGAAUCAAUGUUGCUGAGAAAGAUUCUUCCAUUGAGCUUUGGCAUAAGAGACUCGGUCAUUUGAGCGAGAAGGGGCUGCAAAUAUUGUCCAAGAAACAACUCUUGCCCGGAGCUAUAGUCCCAUUGGAGGGUGAUGUGCCUCAACGAGUAUGGACGGGAAAGGAAGUCUCAUAUGAACACUUGCGAGUGUUCGGUUGCAAAGCCUAUGUUCAUGUUCCAAAAGAUGAGAGAGCAAAGCUUGAUGACAAAUCAAAGCCAUGUAUAUUCAUGGGCUAUGGGCGUGAAGAGUUUGGGUACAGAUUAUGGGAUCCAAUUGCAAGGAAAAUUGUUCGGAGUCGGGAUGUGAUUUUUCUUGAAGAUGAGACAAGUGAAGACGUCGAAAGGGUUGAAAAGAAGAAAAAUACAACAUCUGGUCCGGUUAAUUUGGAGCCUAUAUCUCCAUCCCAAAUGCAUGAAAAUGUUGAGGAAGUAGUGCAUGAUGAGCCCCAAGGUGCACUAGAUCAAGAAGUGCAAGGAGAAGAGCAAUUGGAGCAAGAAGAACAAGUUGAAGAAGAGCAACCUCUAUCCGAACCAAGAAAGUCAACAAGAGAUCGCAAAGCUUCCACGUGGUAUAUUGAAAGAGUUCUUGAGCGGUUCAACAUGAGCAAGGCUAAGGCGGUUGGUACUCCACUUGGAGGACAUUUCAAGUUGAGUGUGAAGCAUUGUCCUACAAGUGAUGAAGAGAAAGAAGCAAUGAAGAAUGUGCCUUAUGCAUCAGUUGUUGGAAGCUUGAUGUCGAAACACAUAGAUGUUCGAUAUCAUUGGAUUCGUGAUGUUUUGGAAGAGAAGUUGUUGGAGCUCAACAAAGUGCAUACGGAUGACAAUGGUUCGGACAUGAUGACUAAGUCUCUACCAAGUGGAAAACUUAUCUUCUGUCGAGAUGAAGCAGGUUUGGUGCUACCCCCCAUAUGA